AUGACCUGGGCAGAUGAGCUGUGGUGGGAAGUCCCCAACUCUCCCGUCUCUCUGGUUCAUUGUUCGGUUGUUUGUUUGUGUGUAACUGGAAAACAAACUAAAAUCAAUAAAAAAGAAUGUUGGCAAAAAAGAAAUGCUGCGCUGAAGCCAAAGAAGAGUCAUAACAAAAAGAGCAGCCACAGUAACAAUGUAGACAAGUCUUCAUUGUCACGAAUUCACCAUGAUACUGAUGCAGGUAGAAAGUCUGUAAAAUGUGAUGUUUGUGGAAACACCUUUGAGAAUAAGUUCCAGCUCAAGAAACAUCACCAAAUCCACAAACGUGUAAAGCCAUAUGCUUGCAACGCAUGCGGAAAAAGUUUUAGUUUACUGUCUAAGCUGAAAGUCCACCUGAGAACCCACACAGGUGAGAAGCCUUAUUCUUGUGAAACAUGUGGGAAAAGUUUCAGUCAAAGUAGUACUUUGAUUAACCACCUGAGAACCCACACAGGUGAGAGGCCAUAUCUUUGUGAAACAUGUGGGAAAAGUUUCAGUCAAAGUAGUACUUUGAUUAACCACCUGAGAACCCACACAGGUGAGAGGCCUUAUUCUUGUGAAACCUGCGGAAAAUGUUUCAGUGAACGUCGUGAUCUGACUGCCCACAUGAGAACUCACACAGGUGAGAGGCCUUAUUCUUGUGAAACAUGUGGAAAAUGUUUCAGUAAACAUAGUCAUCUGACUGCCCACAUGAGAACUCACACAGGUGAGAGGCCAUAUCCGUGUGAAACAUGUGGGAAAAGUUUCAGUCAAAGUAGUACUUUGACUGCCCACAUGAGAACUCACACGGGUGAGAAGCUGUAGUCCUGGAACUUCAGUGAGAACAAACCUUGAGAAUUAUUCAGUUCCUUUCGUUGAUUUUUGUUGGUAACUUCAGUCUGGUUGGCUGAUAAAAUGUUGACGAUGCAGAGUUUUGGUGUCACUGUUUGAAUUGCCGAAUUUUAUUUCUAAAGUGAAAGUGCUUCCUUCAUUCAUUUCUUUCUAUUCUGAAAUGCAAUAUACAAAUAAAAAUGACUUGUCUUGCCUUUAA